AUGGACUCGCGGAGUCCCACGCCGGACGCCGGCGGCGCUCGCGAACGACUCCCCAACCUCUUCGAAGUGCUGUCGCGCCGCACGCUCGCUCCGGUCGACCUGUUCUCCUUUUACAUCUACAUGCGCGAUGUGCAGCGGAGCGUGGAUUACUUGGACUUCUGGCUCGAUGUCUCCCAGCACAUGUCGCUAUGCCGGCACUACGUCCGCGAGCUGCGCCGCUCAGUGCUCGUCUCAACGCCCGACCUCGAGAAAGCUGGAUCUAAGCGAUCCUCGCAAGUGCUUGAGAACCUUGAGCGCGCAUCCAACGAGCAGGGACCGAGUGGGACAUACGGCACAAAAGAACGACUGAGCACCGACCAACGCCUCUCCGCCUUCCUUCGCUACGACAAUACCGGCAGCAAGCACUCUCCGCAAGCCAGCCAACAUAGCCAGCACAGCUUGGACGAGCAUACUCCCGGCUCAGAACAACCGCCACGGCCAAGCUUCAUGACCGGACAGUCUGGCUCACCAGCAGGCAUCAACAGCGACAGCCCGAACCACACAGUCGCACGAGCCGACAUCCGCGCAUCAGCAGAGAAGAUUCUAUACACGUACCUCCUGCCUGGCGCCGAACGCGAGAUCAUCCUUCCGCAAGGCAUCCUUAACAAUGUUGUCGAUAGUAUCGAGAAGGAAGGCCGCGACGACCCAGAGGUGUUCGAUGGCGCAAAAGACUAUGUCUUCCAGGCAAUGGAACGAGACGCCUUCCCAGGCUUCUUACGUGCAAAGGCGCUCGGUAACAUCGUGCCGCCUUCGAUGAUGCUGCGACUGAUUGUCGGGCUCGUGGCACUGUUUGGAGCUUUCUGGACGGCGUUUGUCUUGAUCUUCCUCGACAUGAGCAGAGCGACGAGGUGCUGGUUGAUACUGCCGUUCACGGUUGGAGUAUACUUCCUUGCCAGUCAUCAGUACAUGCUUGAUCCGAUGAUGGCAUUGGUUGGGUAUAGCGAGUACACUUUCAUGAGCUUUUCGCGGGUUAAGGAGCCGUUUAUCAGGAAACUACUCAGCAAGCGCGCAAUCAUGUGUAUCGGGUGGAUCCUGAUCAUCGAUGUGGCGCUCUGCUGUCUCUUCAUCUUCGUGCCGGGGCUGCGGUUGUGA